GGUGACUGUGCAAUGUGCACGGUGAUUGUGCAACGUGCACCGUGAUUGUGCAACGUGCACCGUGAUUGUGCAAGCAACAUGCAUGGUGAUUGUGUGACAUGGGUAGUGAUUGUGCGACGUGGACGGUGAUUGAGCGAUGUGCACGGUGAUUGUUCGACGUGCACAGUGAUUGUGCAACGUGCGCGGUGAUUGCGCAACAUGCAUGGUCAUUGCACAGUAAUUGUGCAAUGUGCACGGUGAUUGCGCAACGUGCACAGUGAUUGCGCAUUGUGCACGGUGAUUGCGCAUCGUGCACGGUGAUUGCGCAACGUGCACGGUGAUUAUGCGACCUCCACGCGUUAUUGCAAGCACGCGGUGGCACCAAGGGGCUAGUGCCAGUCAGGGGGCGCACCGCACGCUGGGCAAGCUCGUAGAGCAGCAUGCUGUCCUCGAGCGUGGAGUGAGUCUUCUAGACUGAUGAGAGCAGCCUGCUGCACCAAGGAGGUAAUGCCAGUCACCGGGCGCACCCUGGGCAAGCUCAUAGUGCGCCAUGCGGCCCACACAUCUGGAUGGCCUCGGAUCCUCGAGGCCCAGUUCAUCGGCAACAGUUUGCUCUCGGCCCCUCUGGAGGCAGACGUGCACGUGCCAAGAGCCGGCUUUGUGUACUUGUGGCUGGCCAUGUGCGACAAGAACCUGGACAGCAGCAAGGUGUUUGGCCACACGGAGUGGCACGCGCACGGGUGGGGGUACCUGCCAGGGAUGCUGUCGAACUGCCUGCUGGUGCAAGCAGGCAUGCUGCUGCUCUACUUGGCUCUCCACCUCCUCUGGCGCCCCAAUUCGGCCCCGCCUGGCGCUCCCUCGACCGCAAUUCCCUCCCCCACUUCCUCACCUUCCUCCUCCUCCUCUCCCUCCUCUCCUCCCUCACCACCCUCUUAGAACUCCUCCUCCUCAGCGUCACUGGGGGCACCGAUUCGUUGUAGUCACACUGGCUGCGGUCACAGCGGGGGUGCUGCAGGGUCUGCUGCUGAGGGCGGUGCUGGUGGGGUGGCAGCGGGGUUUGGAACGCUGCUGCCGAAGCUGGGGCCCAUUCCAGGCAAGGUCCUGAUACCAGCAGUGCUCUACAUUCUCGUGGUGGGCGCGUGUGAGGGAGUGAGGAGCGUGGGGCAGGUGGACGACUGGGGCAGUGGCGAGCACGUGGCGCUGCGCACCCCCCCAGUUCUGCUGGACCUCCUCCUUGCUGCCUAUCUGUUCCCUGCUGCUCUUGCCACACUGGAACAGAUUAAGACGCAGGGCAUGCAGGCUGCUAGCAAUCAGAUGCUGGGCAUCUUUCGCCAUGCUCUGACAGCCAUGGGGGUCCUUGCCGCUGCUGCCCUCGCUCUAACCUGCUGGGAGGCCUACUUCAAGCUUUCAGACCCCCUCAAUCUGCAGUGGCAGUGGGACUGGCUCAUCACAGCUGCGUGGCACCUACUCUCCCUCCUCACCCUCGCAUCCCUCUGCUUCCUCUGGAGCCCGUCCCGCUUCUCCUCCAGGCACGAUGCAUCAGUACAAGAUGAUCAGGCAAUCGAGUCCCUGAUGUCCUCCUAGCCGCUUCUCGCCUCACGAGUCAAGAUUGGGGUUUCUAAGCGUAGAAGCUUGUUAUGCAUACCGCCCUUGUUAAAAUUCCCGCGAGGUGUUUCCAAGGGUUAUUGUAAGCCUGGUUGAACCAAUUAGCAAGGCUAAUCUUGCCGUAUAACAUCGUACAGCAUUUUAAGCAUCUAUAACGACCUGUCCCAUUCAGUAGUGUAGCAGCUGGGCAAACAAAAACUCCGCGUUACA